AUGGCCAAUCCGGACACCUACCUGCGGCAGCCCUGGCACACGGUGCACGGCAUUCCCAUGGUCAGUGCCUUUGCCCAUGACUGGGAGCGGAUUGACACCUUCCAGAGCCGUCCCGACGACAUCAUGGUGGUCACCUUCCCCAAAUCUGGCACCACCUGGGUCAGCGAGAUCGUGGACAUGAUCCUGAAAGGUGGUGACCCUGAAAAAUGCAAGCGGGAUGCCAUCGUCAACCGGGUGCCCAUGCUGGAGUUCGCUGCCCCCGGGAAGAUGCCGGCAGGCACGGAGCAGCUGGAGGCCAUGGUGUCUCCUCGCAUCAUCAAGACCCACCUCCCAGCUCACAUCUUGCCUAAAUCCUUCUGGGAAAACCGCUGCAAGAUGAUCUACGUGGGGCGCAACGCCAAGGACGUGGCCGUCUCCUUCUACCACUUUGACCUGAUGAACAAGUUACAGCCGCACCCUGGGACGUGGGCCCAGUACCUGGAGCAGUUCAUGGCUGGCAGAGUGGCAUAUGGCUCCUGGUACGACCACGUCAAGGACUACUGGGAACGGAGGAAGGAUCACCCCAUCCUCUACCUCUUCUAUGAGGACUUGAAGGAGGACCUCCGCCGGGAGAUUGCCAAGGUGGCCCAGUUCCUGGGGCGGGAGCUGCCAGAGGCGGCGCUGGACACCAUGACCCAACACACCUCCUUCGAGGCCAUGCGGGACAACCCCACCACCAACUACAGCAUGGUGCCCUCCCACCUCAUGGACCAGGGCGUCUCCCCCUUCAUGCGCAAAGGCACCGUUGGAGACUGGAAGAACCAUUUCACCGUGGCCCAGAGUGAGCGCUUCGACCAGGACUACGUGCAGAAGAUGUCGGGCACCGACCUGUGCUUCCGCACCCAGAUCUGAGGAAGCAUCGCUGGACGCCCCCCAAAUCCAACCCAUGCCGAUGGCACCGCCACCACGCUGGGGGCUCCUUCUCCUCUCCUGGGACUGCUGGAGAGAAAUAAAAUGUCCUCUCUGAUAUCCCCCCCACGGGAUGCUCACUG